AUGAGGGAUUCCCUUAUAGUAGAUGCAAUCCUAAGGUCAGAUACUAGACCACACUACACGACUGACGGUAGUGGGGAUGUUACAAGACGAUCGCCAUCCACAAUAUCAGAUGACACAAAUUGGUUCCUAAUCCGAUCCUGUCCUUCCUUGGGGCUUUCUCUAAUUAUCUACCUUAAAGACAAAGCGAGAUUUUUGAUGUUCUUCCAGAAGAGCACCAGCCUCAACAUACAGGAGAUAUUAUUCCAACACGGUCCCUACUUAGUAGACCCUAUUGGGCUCAUACUAAUCACACUCAGCAAUGGUCAACACCAAAGUGUGGACCGCGUCUGCAAUACGAGACUAGGUGAACACCGACCUUACGAUUACGGUCUCAUUUCUAUGAUGGAGAUCAUGCUUGACCCGACACGAUCGGGUAAAUUUGCAUUUGAACCUAACAGACCAGCCUAUCGCUUACUAGACGAGCCAACUCCCCAAAAAAGGGCCCCGCACUAUCUCGAAUGGGCCCUCGAGCUGGGGUUUUCAGAUGUAGCGGACUUUCUAACCUCGUACGGGGCUCGAGUCCCCACAAAUAUUGUAGAAAAAGCUGCUCGGAUGCAGGCUUAUAGAGUCGUUGAAUCUUAUCUCAGAACAAGAUUGAUGAACCCCAACCCUAGUCGAGAUGAUUAUAAGUUCGUUCCAGAGGAAUCGCUGAGCUUGCUUUAG